CGCAAUAACGCAGAAACGCCGGGGACGCCGCGGUACAACAUUUGGGGCCCAUAGUGGAUGUGGGUUGGUGACUGAACUCGCUCUGUGCCGGCAGUGUCCAGAACACAUACCACGAGGCAGCGGAGACAAAAGAACGAUCUCGGGUACCUCAGUCGGAAAGGGCAGCAAGGAUGAAUCCCAGGCCGAGCACACUGCUGGCGUUGGCGUGGGCGUGCGUGUGGGGUCUGGUCCUGGCCACGCCCGUGAACCACAACCACGGAAACUCUGCCAAUCCGCCCGGAAGCAAGCUGUUGUAUAUUAUGAUGGAUGGCUUCCGUUGGGACUACGUGGACCUUCAGGAUUCCAGCGUCCUCCCGGGCUUCACCAAGUUCCUGCAGGAGGGGGUGAGGGCGCGCUGGACCCACCCGCUGUUCCCGUCCCUCUCGUACCCCACCUGGACCUCGCUGGUGACGGGCCAGUACGCCGAGACCCACGGCGUCGUCGGGAACUACUUCUACGACGGCGACACCAAGGAGGAGUUCUCGCUCUUCGAGGCCGACUCCACCGGGAAGGAGAAGUGGUGGACCUCAGAGCCCAUUUGGACCACAGCAGAGCGUGCUGGUCUUCGCACGGCACAGUUCCUCUGGGCUCGCUGUGACGUCCCUGUGAAUGGCAUCACAACCCAGUUCUGCGAGCGCUUUGAAAAGAUUCCCGGCAAGGAGAUUUUCGAGAAGAAUAUCAAGAGGGCGUUGCAGAAAUUUGACGAAGGAUUCCAGUUCGUCCAGGUGUACACAGAACACACGGACAACACAGGCCACAAUUUCGGGCCAGAUUCCGAAGAGGUCCUCCAGGCAGUGCGAGACCUAGAUGAUGUCCUGAGAAUGCUGAUGGUGGAGCUUGAGAAGAGAGAUAUGACCGAUGAUGUGAACAUUGUGAUAGUGAGUGACCACGGCAUGACAGACACGGCCCCCGGCAAGAUCACUCGCCACGAGAUCGACGAGUAUCUGGACACGAACCUCGUGGAGAACAUCGCUGACAAGGGAGCUCUCAUGAACAUCAAGAUUCCGCAAGAGAAUGUUGAAAAGGUGUAUGAUAGACUGAAGAUGAUGACUGGAGUGAAUAUAUAUAAGCAUAAUGACAUUCCAGAGAAAUAUCAUUACAAGAAUAAUAAAUAUGUCCAUGAGAUCGUAGUAUCAGCUGAAAAGGGAAACUUCGUGUUGGCAUCCAAGUCCGACAAGCAGUUACCUCUCCGUUCCGACUAUGUGUAUUAUGGUGCCCACGGCUACGACCCAGACAUACAAGACAUGAAGGGAAUCUUCUUUGCAAAGGGUCCAGCCUUCGAGAAGGGUAAAGUCAUUGAACCCAUCCACGUUGUCGAUGUGUAUCAGGUGCUGACUCAUGUGCUUGGCCUGACCCCACAACCCCACAAUGGCACUUGGAGUCACGUUCAAGAUGCCUUCGUUCAGAGCAUGCCAGCAUCACACGACGGUCAUGACCAUAUGAACGAUGGUGCUCAUGAUCAUGGUCAGAUGGGUGCUCAUGACCAGGAUAAUAUGGGAGCUCAUAAUCAUGAUGAUAUGAGUGAUCAUGAUCAUUCUCAGAUGGGUGCUCAUGAUCAUGAUAAUAUGGGUGCUCAUGAUCAUGAUGGUAUGAGUGAUCAUGAUCAUGAUGGUAUGAGUGAUCAUGACCAUGACCAUGACCAUGACCAUGACCAUGACCAUGACCACGAGAGCGAUGAUGAUAAUAUGAUUAAUCAUGAUGUGUAUAAACACGACCAGAGUCAGCAGCAGAAACCCAAUGCAGCACCCAGUUUGCAAAUGGCUUCUCUAAGUGGUAUUUUGGCAGCAGUUGUGCUGCUUGUCAGAUUUUAAAGUCGAAUCUAGUGGAAGAGUGUGUGUAUUUUUUUAUCAUGUAGACUUUCCCCAAUUCUAUUGUUUGUGACAUUGACAGAACGACAGUGUAUUUCUAAUACAUGAUAACAAUUAAGGAAAUUGUUGUCUUGAUUUACAUAUUAACAGAUUAACUGAUGAUUGAUUUUGAUGAAGGUUUUCAUUAUCUCAAAGAACAGAAAUCUCAAAAACAUUCUUUACAGGUAGUUCACUAAAAGGAUUGAUAUGGUUAUGUAUAGUACAAGAAUAUGAAAUUUAUUUUAAUUUAGACAUGUUUAAAUGGAAUAAAAACAUUGAAUGUA